AUGAACCUGCCUCCGCAGCUCUCCUUCGCCCUCUACGUGGCUGCCUUCGCCCUGGGCUUCCCGCUCAAUGUCCUGGCCAUCCGAAGUGCGGCUUCCCAUGCACGCCGCCGCCUCACUCCCAGCCUGGUCUAUGCCCUCCACCUGGGCUGCUCUGACCUUCUGCUGGCCAUCUCUCUGCCCCUGAAGGCGGUGGAGGCCCUGGCCUCGGGGGCUUGGCCUCUGCCGGUCCAGCUCUGCCCUGCCUUUGCCCUGGUCCACUUCGCUCCUCUCUAUGCAGGCGGGGGCUUCCUGGCUGCUCUGAGCGCUGGCCGUUACCUAGGAGCAGCCUUCCCCCUGGGCUAUCAAGCCAUCCGGAGGCCACGCUACUCCUGGGGUGUAUGCGUGCUGAUAUGGGCCCUCGUCCUCUGUCAUCUGGGGCUGGUCUUUGGGUUGGAGGCUCCGGGAGGCUGGCUGGACAAUACCACCAGUUCCCUGGGCAUCAACACAGUGGUCAAUGGCUCCCCGGUCUGCCUGGAGGCCUGGGACCCAGCGUCUGCCGGCCCUGCCCGCCUCAGCCUCUCUCUCCUUCUCUUCUUCGUGCCCCUGAUCAUCACGGCUUUCUCCUACGUGGGCUGCCUCCGGGCACUGGCCCACUCAGGCCUGAGCCACAGACGGAAGGUAAGGGCAGCCUGGGUGGCCGGUGGGGCCCUGCUCACGCUGCUGCUCUGCCUGGGACCCUACAACGCCUCCAACGUGGCUGGCUUCCUGCACCCCAACAUGGGAGGCCAGUGGCGGAAGCUGGGGCUCAUCACGGGGGCCUGGAGUGUGGUGCUCAACCCGCUGGUGACUGGCUACUUGGGAGCAGGUCCCGGCCGGGGAACAGUAUGUGUGGCGAGAACGCAAGGAGGAACAUUCCAGAAGUAG